AGGUAGCAAGUUAUCUGAAACUACUCAUGGGUGUCUUUCAAAAGGGAGAAGAUCAGAAAGGAGAGAGUGCAAAUAUGAAGCCUAUACCUCUUCUAAGUUCUUAUGAUAUGGGGAAGUUCAACUUGUCACACAGGGUUGUGCUAGCACCACUAACAAGAUCUAGAUCAUAUGGCAAUCUCCCGCAAUCACAUGCCAUGGAAUACUACUCACAGAGGGCAACCAAAGGAGGCCUUCUAAUUGCUGAAGCUACAGGUGUGUCAUCUGAUGCACAAGGGAUGAGUGUAAUCCCUCACACCCCAGGGAUAUGGACCAAGGAACAAGUAGAGGCAUGGAAGCCUAUUGUAGAUGCAGUGCAUGCUAAGGGUGGUAUAUUUUUCUGUCAAAUCUGGCAUGUUGGAAGAGCAUCGGACAUGGAGGAACGGCCCAUCUCAAGCACAGAUAAACCCAUAGAGAAGACUGAAGAGAACUACUUCCUGGGUUUCUCCACCCCAAGGAGCUUAACUGUUGAAGAGAUCCCUGAUGUCAUCAAGCAUUUCACACUUGCUGCCAAAAAUGCCUUGGAGGCUGGUAUGUUCACUUCAUUUAAGUUCAAGUGAGAGGCAAAUAAUUACGAAUUAAAAGUGAACCAUCACUUCAUAUACAUACUCAAGGUCCUUCCGAAUGCAUGAGUUUUUUAUGUUCUGGAUGGAAAUUAAACUGUUUAGUAGUAUGAAAUUUCUGUGUUUUAGACUAGGUCUAAAUUGGAAAAGGCUAUACGUGCGCUUUUUUUUCUUACAAAACUUUUACAAACAUUGAUACAUCAUGUUGUUAUUGAAUCUAACUAAAUAGCUGCAAGUAUCUAGUUAAAUCAAACCGUUUGGUAAUUUUGUUUGUUAGAAUUCUGUAAGAUUUGUUGGUGUAGAGGCCUGGAUUUUAUCAUUAUGAAAAAAAAAAGAGUUAUGCAAGAAAUUUCGAUCUAUUUUUAU